AUGGGGAUGGUGUGCAGAGUAAAGAGGGCGUACAGAGCCUGUGCACUGUUCGGUAUACUGGUGUUUGUUUCAGGUGCCGCCUGGGCCUCUGCUGAUGAAACACGUCUGGUUAAAACUCUCUUUACUGGCUACAACAAGGUUGUCCGUCCUGUCAAUCACUUCAAGGACCCGGUGGUGGUUACUGUUGGCCUUCAGCUCAUCCAGCUCAUCAGUGUGGACGAGGUCAACCAGAUUGUCAGCAGCAAUGUGCGACUGAAACAGCAAUGGAAAGAUGUGAACCUGCAGUGGAACCCGGAGGAUUAUGGUGGCAUCAAAAAGAUCAGAGUUCCCUCCACUGACAUUUGGCGGCCUGAUCUGGUUCUCUACAAUAACGCUGAUGGUGACUUUGCUAUUGUCCAUGAGACCAAAGUGCUGCUGGAGUACACUGGCAUGAUCACAUGGAACCCACCUGCCAUCUUCAAGAGCUACUGUGAAAUUAUUGUGCUGCAUUUCCCCUUCGACCUCCAGAACUGCAGCAUGAAGCUGGGAACCUGGACUUACGAUGGAAACUUGGUCGUCGUCAACCCAGACAGUGACCGCCCUGACCUCAGUAACUUCAUGGAGAGUGGAGAGUGGGUGAUGAAGGAUUACCGCAGCUGGAAGCAUUGGGUGUACUACGCCUGCUGCCCAGAUACCCCCUACCUGGAUGUCACCUACCACUUCCUCUUGCUGCGCCUGCCUCUCUACUUCAUCGUCAAUGUGAUCAUCCCCUGCAUGCUCUUCUCCUUCUUGACUGGCCUUGUCUUCUAUCUCCCCACAGACUCUGGUGAGAAGAUGACUCUCAGCAUCUCUGUCUUGCUGUCUCUGACUGUGUUCCUGCUGGUUAUCGUGGAGCUGAUCCCCUCCACCUCCAGUGCUGUACCGCUCAUUGGGAAGUACAUGCUCUUCACUAUGGUCUUCGUCAUUGCCUCCAUCAUCAUUACUGUCAUCGUCAUCAACACUCACCAUCGCUCCCCAAGCACUCACACUAUGCCUGACUGGGUCCGCAAGGUCUUUAUUGAAACCAUCCCCAACAUCAUGUUCUUUUCAACAAUGAAACGCCCAAGCAAGGAGCCGCAGAGCAAAAAUAUCUAUGGUGGUGACUUUGACAUCUCAGACAUUUCUGGCAAUGCUGCCCCUCCAGCCAUUCCCUACCAGUCACCCAUCACCAAGAACCCUGAUGUGCGCAGUGCCAUUGAAGGAGUGAAGUACAUCGCAGAAACGAUGAAAUCAGACGAGGAGUCUAAUAAUGCUGCUGAAGAGUGGAAGUUUGUGGCCAUGGUGUUGGAUCACAUCCUUCUGUGUGUGUUCAUGGCAGUGUGUCUCAUUGGCACAUUAGGUGUGUUUGCAGGCCGUCUCAUUGAGCUGAGCAUGCUCUAG